GCUACGAUCUGUAACGGACAUUCAGAAUUGUGUGAUCGGUUGUAUUCAAAUGUCACCUUUUUAGGAGCUCAUGAUUCAUAUGCUGUGGGUAGCAGCAUUGCGGAUAAUCAAUCGAAGAAUGUCACUGAGCAGCUGGAUGACGGUAUAAGAACUUUACAGAUACAAACACAUAACGCCACGGAUGGCAUUCACCUCUGUCACACAUCCUGCGACCUCCUAGAUGGAGGAACAUUGGAAAAUUAUCUCUCAAGCGUCGCUUCUUGGGUAGCCGCUAAUCCCAAUGACGUGAUAACCCUUGUCAUCGUCAAUAUCGACGAUCUUCCACCCACUUCCUUCACUUCCGCUUUCACCUCCUCCGGCUUACAACGAUACACCUACUCCCCUUCGGCCGCGGAGAUCAGUCUGAGAGAUUGGCCUUCCCUCGGGACAUUGAUCGAUAGUGGAAAGACGGUGGUGGUUUUCAUGGAUCAAGAAGCGGAUUUCACUUCCGUCCCAUGGAUCAUUGAUGAGUUUUCAAAUAUCUUUGAGGACGCUUUUGAUGUCACCGAACAAUCCUUCGCUUGCGCUGUCAACCGUACCGCCGGGUCUCCCUCUUCUCAGAUGAUGCUCAUCAACCAUUUCCUUGAUUCCGUUUACAACUUUGGCGGCGCUUCAUUCUUCGUCCCAAACCGAGCUUUGGUCAACGAGACAAAUUCCGCCACGGGAGUAGGAUCCAUUGGCUCUCACGUUGACAAUUGUCUUCAAGUAUGGGGAAGAAAUCCUAAUCACAUUUUACUCGAUUUCUACGAUUCGAACGGUAUUGUCCCUUUCAACCUUGUGGCAAGUCUCAAUGGAGUU